AUCAAAAGAAUGUAUGCAGAUAUUAAUGUGGGUUUGAUGUGGGAGACAGAGACAGUAAUGCAAAUCUUUGACCGCUACUUUCACCCCCCCGGAUAUUUUAUUUUAUUUUGUUUUGUUUUUAUACGUUUAUUAAAAAAAUUUUAACAUCUCGAGGAAAUGUCAAGGAAUUUUAUACUGCCACCGAAUUUGCUCCCCCCGCAAAGAUCAAUUUUAGAAAAGAGUGGCCGGGCAACCCUCCGAAACCACCUUCGCAAUCCCUGCUCUUCCAAUCUUGUCUGCCAUAUUUCCAGGAUGUACGGCCUGGAUUUGGGUGGUUGGUGGCCGGUGGACAAGUUCGAUCGUUCUUCCUCCUACUACUGCUGCGCUCAAACGUCUGACACGGCAGUACCAGCAAAUAUUUAUCAUCACCAAUAGGCAAUAGCCCAGGGGCAUUUCUUGAGGAAGCAGUGUUUGGUAAAGAUGUCAAAUGGGCUUCUGAUUUUUGUAUCUGUUUUCAUGAGCUGAAGCCCCCCCCAAGAUUAUCUAUUCUGAUCUGCGCAGAUAUGGCACCGGAUUGGAAAGGAAAAGCUAUUGUCAUAAUGGGAGUUAGCGGUGCUGGGAAAUCAACCAUUGGUCAGAUGCUAGGUGAAGCUUUAAAAUGCUGCUAUAUCGAUGCUGAUGAUUACCAUCCACAAGCUAACAGAGAAAAAAUGAGAAAUGGGAUACCUCUAUCUGAGGAAGAUCGCAUACCGUGGCUUGAAACACUGAGAGAUGCCCUAAGAAGAAGUACAGGGAACGGAGGAACUGUAAUCCUUGGUUGCUCAGCUCUACAAAAGCACUACAGAGAAAUUCUUAGAUCUGCAGACCCAAGUUAUGAACCAGGUUCUUACAUUUCUAUAGUCAAAUUUGUAUUGUUGCAUGCUCAGGCUGAUGUGCUCGCUGCUCGGCUGGAGAAGAGAGCCGCAGAGGGGAAACAUUUCAUGCCCGCAAAGCUCUUGCAGUCCCAAAUGGAUUUGCUUCAUAUUGAUGAAUCUGAAGGUGUGCUUAAGGUUGAUGCUACGCUAGAACCCCAGGCUAUUGUGAAUAUCAUCAUACAAGCUUCGAUCAUCAAACCUCAGUCACAGCGAAGUCCUUGAAUACUGCAUUUGACCAGUUUUUCACAGGCCGUGGGAUAAAGUGGUUACUACAUUUAUGACUGCCCCCAGGCAGAUUCACUCUCCUUGUAAUUUCAGAGAGUACCACAAAGUUGGAUUUCUCUGUUAAUCUCAACUAUUUUGUUGUCUUAAAAGAAGAUUUUGUCUUUUUUUUUUUUUAAAGAAGCUUUCUAUCAUGGAAUAAGAAAUGCACGAUAUACCGUGUUGUAUUUGCACUUCCCUAAUUGAUCAAAGCGGUUAACUGCAUUUGCUGUAGAA